AUGAAGACCGCCAUUGAGGGUGGAGAUAUGCCGAUGAUCAAAGUGGUAGUUGAGACCCGCUCAAUCGUUGAAAGUGGUAGCGAUGCUCGGGAGAAGAUGCUGGAAUGUGCUGCUUAUUUGGAAGAUCAAUUAAUUACCAACGCGAUACUUGACUCUGUGUUCCUGCCAUCCGAUAUCUCAUUGCACUAUGCCGUCAAAAUGGGGCGUCCGUUUACAGCCGCGCUGCUUCUUCGUCGGGGCGCAGCGGUUGACGAGAGGGAUAUUUCAGGAGCCACACCACUGAUUGUGGCUUCUAAAAAUGACAAUCAUUACAUGGCGGCAAUACUAAUUGAAUGGGAGGCGGACGUUGAUGCGAAAGAUGAAGUUGGCUUGACAGCGCUCUGUUACGUUGAUAGAGAUGGGGAGAAUUUGCCCUUGCUGAACUUUUGCGUGAAGCCACGCAAAAAUUGCGCAACAGAAAUUGAUAGAGUUAGGUGA